AUGUUCCGGAAGAACUUCCAGGCGGACGAUUCUGUGAAGAUACCGAAGGUCUUCAUGCAGUACGUCCGGCGGAAGGUCAUCACCAUGGAGUGGAUCGAUGGCAUCAAGAGCACCGACCUGAGGGAGCUCAGGCGUCGGGGCAUCGACGUGGAUGAAUUCAUCCGCAACGGUGUGCAGGCAGCGCUGCGCCAACUCUUAGAGUUCGGGCUUUUCCACGGCGACCCGCACGCCGGCAACAUCUUCGCGAUGCGCGACGGCAGGAUUGCCUACGUGGACUUUGGGAACGUCGCGGAGAUCACGGAGAGCCAGCGUGAUGUGCUCAUCGGUGCCAUCACCCACGUCUCGAACUCGGACUACGAGGAGAUUGCCAACGACUUCAUCCGCUUGGGCUUCCUGCGCCCGGGCACCGACGUGUCGGAGAUCGUCCCGGCGAUGGAGACGAUCUGGGCCGACUCCAUGGGCAAGUCGAUCCGCGACUUCAAUUUUCGCACGGUCACGGCACGAUUUUCAAAGCUGGUCUAUCAGUUCCCGAUCCGAAUUCCGGAGAGGCCUGGGGCGUGGGCUCCGAUGGAGGAGCAUGGAGGAGAUGCGGUUGACGAGCUUUUUGCUCAGGCACUGGGAUCCACACUUGCUGCGGGAGGUGGGGGGCUGGGUGCUGAGGAGGGCAACAAUGGUUUAUCUGGUGGUGGCAGCGGUGCAAGCAAUGUUGCAAAUCCUGCGGCUACCGGGCAAAACAAUGGUGGGUCUGGUACAGUUUCUGGGCCUACAAUAUCAUCGUCUCAGGUGGAUGGGAAUGGUGAUACCCCUACGACAGUUGCUCAGGGUACAACAGCUGGUGCAGUGAUUUCCACAGGUUUGGGUGAUGGGCCCUCAACAGUUCCUGAUACAGCGGUUGCACAAUCGGUCAGUGGUCCUGGUCCAUCAGCUAGUGGAAGUGUGCUGCAGGUGCAUGAAGGUAUCGGGGCAGCUACAAGUGCAAGCACAGAGGUUUUUCAGUUUCAGCAAAGUGCCGGGCCAUCAACAGUUCCUGGUACAGCGGUGGCACAAUCGGUCAGUGGUCCUGGUCCAUCAGCCCAUAUUGGUUUUACCAGCGUGCCGUUUCCUGGAGGUCAUUUUGACAGUGGAACAGGCGAGCAACACUUGACUGGGCAGAUGACACACUGGACUCCAAAUAAUGCUGCAGCGCAAGGCAACAAUCCUGGACUGGCGUUUAACACCUACGAGCAGAUUCGAGCCUUGGGACAGCCGCUACAUCGACCUGAACCAGCCCCUACACAAACAGAUUGGAUGGGCCCGAUGAGACAGAUGCUGGGAGAUUUGCUGCAACCUUUAACUUCGAGGUUGGAUGUGUUGGAGCAGGAUAGACAAUCUUCUCAGUCGUCGGCAUUGGGAACAGUGGAUCAAGCGGCUUUAGCAAGAAUGUUUGCUGGUUUAAAUCUGGAAAGACAGGACUCUGCGGGUUCCCAGGCCCAGGCUGCUUUGGGGGAUUUCCAACCUAGAUCGUCCGAUUCGAUGCGGUCGGCUAGGUCUCAUCCUUCGCAGGAGCUGGGUGAACAGGAGACUGGAACUCGUACCCACACGAUUGCCACGCCUCCUGGUUUGGGACAGCCUGCAAGUGUGGCCAAUGUUUCUUUGGAUGAAAAAGAUCGUGAGUUGGUAGCGUUGCGAGUUCAGGUACAACAGCUACAGAUGCAGUUGCAACAGGUUCUGGCCAGAGAAGCUGCGAGGGCUGGGGAGGCUGCACCCUCGGCGGAAGCAACGCCUCCACCACCACCGCCACUCCCCAGUAGCCACCAUACACCUGGUGGCACACGUGUUCCUUCGGGGCCUUCAAUGGCGACACCCAAAGUUCCUGGGGUAACAGCUGGCGUGGAUACAUCGUGGCAGGCCGUGGGACCGGCAGUUUGGGAGGUGGUACCGCCACCCCCACCACUACCUCCGGAGAUGAGGACGAGGCCAAGGGCCUUAAUAUCUGAGGAGCCAGCGGCCUUGAUGCCUUCGGAGGAGACCGCCAGAAGUAUUCAGGAUCUGCCUAAGCUGGAGAUCUUCAAGGGCAACACCGAGGAUGCUGGAAUGAUUCUUGGAGACUGGCUGACGGUGGUCAAACCGAUGAUGGCGGGAAUUUCAGCCACGGCGGCAGAGUGGUGGGACCAGGUUACCGGCACGGCCUACAACUAUUACGAUGACUGGCUGGCCGCCUCGCCGCUGAAGAGGUUGGAGCUCCGAGACAAGGUGAUGGGGCUGACAGCACUGUUUGAGCACUCCAGGUGGUCACGAACUGAACAACGAGGCGCGGUGCUCAUGCUGGCGGCGUUACCUGCAGAUGUUAAGGAGGAAAUGGUAACCAUCCGAGCGGUGCAAACAAUUCCUAUGCUGUUUCGGUUACUGACCAAGUAUCAACCGGGAGGAGCAGGGGAGAAGCAGGCUUUGCUACGAACGUUAACUACUCCAGCUGCGGUGAGCACGGCGACGGACGGCAUCGCUGGAAUCAGAAAGUGGUCCCGAGCCCUUACCAGAGCUCAGGAGCUGAAACUGGCACUCCCAGAUCCAACACUGCUGGUUAAAGCACUGGACCAGAUUACAGCUGCGGUGAUUGCGGGGCAAAGCUUAUUCCGGCUGUCAACUUUUCGGUUGGAAAACAAGAUUGACUAUGCCCCCACCUUGUCCUCUGCCAAGUCCUUAGCGCAGAUGUUGUUGGCGGAACUGGAAAUGGUUACUGGCUCCGAACUUGGAGGACGAAGACCUAAGGUGGCGGCCAUGGAAACAGAAGCGAAAGGAAAGGGCAAGGGCAAAGACAAGGGGCAGCGGGAACACGGGCAAUGCUGGAACUGGAUGACACCUAAGGGGUGUCGAAAGGGCAAUGCCUGCUCCUUUCCGCAUGACAAGGCCAGGAUGGUGGGGAGGUGUUACAACUGUUCUGCAGAAGACCACCAGAAGGCCAACUGCCCUUAUCCUACCACCUCUGCAGACACCGCCGCUGCCAAAGAGACCAAUGACAAGGCCACGGAAGCAAAGGGCAGAGGCAAGCAUAAGGGAAAGCCCAAGCCCAUCGUGAAGAAGGUGGAGCCGGACGAACCAGCGUCCUCUACGACUUCCGCUUCGUCCUCGACGGCCCAGGCAGCUUUUCUUCAGGAGGCAUCCGAGCUCAUCAAGACGAUGAGAUUGGCAAAGUCCAAUCGGGAGUUCCAACGAGCUGCCCCGAUUACAGUGGCCCUGGCUACCGGCUCGACACAGCUCCGGAUUAAUGAUGCUGGCGCGCUGCUGACCAAUGAUCCCUCCACGAGUCCCAUUGUGGCCAUGCAUGAGCUGAUCCAGCUGGGGACAGGAGUGACCUGGGAUCAAGGUGGUAUCUGCAUCAAGGUCCCGAAGUUUGGCCAGCUUCCAGUACGAUUGGCUACCGGAUGCCCAGAAGUUCCAGAAGCACUGGCCUUAAAGCUCAUUGAAGAUAUUGAGCAGAAGAAGCGGGACAAGAUGGCCUUCGUGAAGGAGCUGCGAAUCCAGAAGGAAGAUGGAGGUGGCCUGGAGCAAGAAGGGACUAUGAUGUUUGAGGAUCCCGUGGCCAUGAAGCGCUGGUUGCAAGAUCAGUUUUUGCAUCUGCCAGAGGGGAUCAUCGACAAGGAAGGCCAUGAUGGCUUCGAAGUUCAUCGUACUGAACCUGUUUGCUGGCAAAACCCGGGCUUCUUUCAGCAAUAUCUGGAUGGCAAGGGUAUGGAUGGGUGUUACGUUAUCGAUGUGGACCUGCCUGAAAACCUGCUGUGCGACCAAAUGUAUGGUUUUUUGUUGGAGUUGGCCCGAAGUGGCCAUGUCAAAAUGGUGAUGGGCGGACCUCCAGACAAGACGUUUGAGGCACCCAAGCAAUGGAGGGGGAAUGAUCCUCAAGACCGACUUGGCAGAUCUGAGCUCGGUCCUCGCGACCUGCGGGCUGUGGAGAAGGAAAAUAUCCUGAUCCUGAGGCAGUUGGUGCUGUAUAUGGUCGCAGAGGAAGCAAGGAGGCUUCAUAACAACAGCCAGGCGGUGGGUCUGGUGUUGGAACACAAGGCGCCAAACAAUGGGGAAAACACCGAAGCUUCGAGACCGGAAAUCUGGAAUUGGCCAGAAGUACAACAUUGUCAAGCGAAGUACAAGUUGGAAAAACUGGAAGUCGACUUUGGCGAUUUGGGUCACCGGACCACGAAACAGCAAGGACUGCUGGUAUCGCACAAGUUGUACUUCGAUGAGGUUUCAAUGGUGAACUGCAAAGACUGUGGUUCGGGGGAGGAAGGAAUGGAUCCUCAAGAAAUGACCAAAGGGCAUGAGUGGCCUGAUGGUUUGAAGUGGGCAGUUCUACAAUUGCUGCUGCGCUUGGUCCCGGGGGGCUAUCAAUCCAUCGUCUGGAUACAAAGCGGAGCCAAAGACGGCCAGCAUAGGAGACUGCCUAUCAGCGAAGCCUACACGAUUAGCGCCGACCUGAGUGGUCCCUAUACGGUGGGCUUGGAUGAGUAUGGUCGGGUGAAGUACAUGUGCACGAUGGUUUACACCAUUCCGGUCUUUGCAAAUUUGGAGCCGGAACCAAUGGUGGAAAUUCCUGAAGGAGGUGGUCAAGAUGAAAAGCCCAGGUCUUCAGAGGCAGUCAAUGAGGCCGCAUCCUUGCUGGACGAUGACGGGUUGGUGGGUGUGGAUACCGCAUCGCUGUUGGGUGAGGACACACCGGAAUAUGAGCCGGAUUUGGAUGAUGAGCAGUGUUCCCAACUGGAUGAGCCACUACCACCUCAGGCAAAGGAUGAGGAAGCCGUCGUCCUAAGGGAGUAUGGGCUGGACUGCGAGGAGGACUGGAACGAUGAGGUGGAUCCCGGUGAAUGGGAGUGCAACGAGGAGGUUCUGGAAGAGGAAUUGCCCAAGGAGAACCUCACGGACUUUCAGAAGCGCCUCGUUCAGGAACAAGCUGAAGCCUGGAAACAAUAUCUGGUCAAGGCUCGCGAACAGGCAGACUCGGUGGCUCCUCAAGACUUGAAGUUGGACAAGCUACAGAUGGUGGAGCUCACUUUCGCUGAGAGCCUACGAGACAAGACACCAGCAUCUGUGGUUGGAGCCAUAGGUCGCGUUUACAGCAAGCUGAAAAUGUGGGGAAUGCAUGUGGCCAGGUUUCAUACCGACAAAGGAGGCGAGUUUCUCAAUGCCCCAGUCUGUCGUUGGCUUCAGGAUAGAGGAAUUUAUCAAACCUGUGGACAGGGCGGAUCCUACAAGCAAAAUGGCAGGGCAGAAGCUGCAGUCGGUAUUUGCAAGAGGGCCACCAGGACGUUGCUGCAUGGUGAAACGUCGGCCAAGCGACUUUGGCCGGGCGCCUGGCGAUGGGUGGCUGAGCGACGCCUUCGCAGGGCCUUAGCCCGACUGGGCAUGCCUGUCAAGCCUUUGGUUCCGUUUGGUACAGUGGUUUGGAUCCGCAAAAGACACUGGCAUAAGGCUGAACAAUGGGAUGAUCGUGUCCACAAAGGCGUGGUGAUUGCCCCGGCGCAACAUGUUUCCAGGGGCUAUGUGGUGAAAGUGGGAAACGAUUUCUUCACGACAACCACGCUGUUUCAAAAUGUGCAAAUGGCGGAUACUGGUGCAAUUUCGGCCAUGGAUGAGGUGGAAGUGGACGCUGUGCCUCCUCGACAGCGAGCUCGCGGCAAACAGGGUUUGGCCUCAUUGUCGGUAGCACCAGCAGCACUGUCCUGUCCAGGGCAUGACAGGGAGCAAACUGGACACAGUCUGGUACAAGCUUGGAAAAAGGCGGACUCCUGGAUCUCUGGACCCUUGCAAGAAACAAUCGAGUGGCUGCAGGAUUCCUUGAGCGGGACAAAGUUACGCAGCGACCGCCAAACCUCUGAAGGCCUCUAUAUCACCAAUGGGGUUUACAGGCGAGGGGGAGUUAUUGGGAUCACAAAUACCACAACCCACCAACCUGAUCGGCUGCGAACUCAGGUCCUGAAUGCCAUCCUCGCAGCUGCUUUCCCCAAUGACACCUGGACCUCGUCUACCCUUUCGGUGAACAAUUGGCUGGGGCCGCAUCGUGAUAUCUUCAAUCAACGAGGGACGAGUAAUCUGCUGCUAUGCCUUUCACCCUCCAUUUCUAUCUGGACUGAAGUGGAACCACCUUUCACUGGCCUGGGCUCGGAAGAGUUGGUCUGGAAGGAGGUUCGCCCAGGACUCUGGAAGCCGGGCCAGAUUCAUCGCCUUCGUUGCGGGGACUCGAUGAGAUUGGAUCCGCGCAAGUGGCAUGCCUCGGAGGAUGGCGAAGAAAAGGGCCCACGUGUGCUGGCGGUGGCUUUUUCCUUGGCAGUGCAUGCCAGGUUGGAGCCUGGUAAAAGGGCCAGCCUGUAUUCUGCAGGUUUCCCAUUGCCGGCUAUAGCAGGCACUGGGGGGGGGUACAAGCAAGAUUUGAGAUCGAGUUUGAGUUCAGCCUCGCCCUCGAACACCAGCACUACGACUGCCCCUAGGCCAAGGGUCGCCAAACUUCGCCUGCGACAGCGAGAGGAAGGAGAAGCCAAUGGGCCUGCAAGGCAAGUGGAGCAUACACAAAUUCAGUACACUGUGUUGGAUGCUGCAACUGCGGAUCGGUUGUUUCAGGAGAGAUGGACCCAUGAGCAAGCCAAUGCUCACGACCUGGAUCAACAUCCCUUGCAGCGCUUUGUGGACGACUGGGAAGGUGAGUGGUCCCCAGUGCUCCCACCGGAUGGCAUUCUGCCUACGACGGAAACUGUCGACCAGGCGGCCUCAGCAGCCUAUGAGUAUCGCUUCAGGUGGGCAGGUUUGCUACCAGAUCCGGAAAUCGACCCCAAUCAAGUCCUGAGGGACCCAAGUAUUCGAUUGGACCGGGUCAAUCCGCCUGAGGAGGGAAUGCAGAUCGAUCCUGUAAUUCAGAGGCAUUUGGUUGAUGAGGAUGAUCCAGAAUCAAGGAGGCGGGCGCUAACAGAUGAUCGGCCAGAUCUCACCAUGGCGACGAUUAUCAACUACCGCUACAUGUACGACGAUGAAAAUCAGCUGGAAAUUCAUCAGUUUGCCAUGAUGGUAAAUCAUACAGUGGGCUACGAGGAAGCACCUCACUGGCAACCCCUUGACAUCGUCAUCCGGUCCGAGGUCCUCUACGAGCUGCAAGAACCUCAGCAGGCAGAAGAAAACGAGGAGGAGCCUCCAGAAGAUGAUGAGGACGUGGAUCAAGGAGACGAUGAAGAUGAUGAUCCGCCGGGAGAUGGUCCAGAUGGCCCAGGUGGAGGUGGACGAGGCCGUUCGAGAACGCCGGAAAUCCGGUACGAGGACUAUAGAAAUGUUCGGCCUCGCUAUCAACUUCGUCUAGAACACAGCGAUGCCCUGAAAAUGCUGGAUGCUGCAGAAAGUUUUUUGGUUCCGGAGGAGGCGGGAAUGUUGUAUCAAAGCAAAAACAGCCUUGGAACCGGGGGAGCAGCGACUGGUGUGGUGGGACAUGUUGUGGCCUCCGAGAUACCCAUUGGUUUUGAAGCUGAUGAGCAGAGCGACCUGCUGGAUGGCAUGCAGCUGGGAUUGAAAAGGUUAGGGCUACGUGAGCAACAAAAGCUGCAGCAAGACCUUUGGGAUCAAUCCAGCUUGGACGAGGAGCCGGACACUUGGACCUUGAAGGAUCAAGUCACGCAGGUACGGGCCAUACACGAACAAGCGGACCAGGUGGAGGAUGAUCUUCGACUGUUGAAGAGCAUGUCUGUGGAGACAAAUGUUGGACGUACGGGCGCUCCUACUGAUGUUUUUCCGGAGGUGUUCUUGCAAACAAAGACAAUUCAGCAAGCCCAGGUAUUGCAGGAGCUGCCAGCGUGGACACCAGCAAUGAGUGCCGAGUAUAACACGAUUCGCCAUGAGAAGGCUGCAAUAGAGCCAAUCACCGAGCAGCAAAUCCGGGUCAUGGAGGAGGACGACAGCCUGAUCGUGAAGAGGAUUCCGGCAAAAAUGGUGUUCACAAGAAAGGCGGUCAGCGGACAACGCAAAGCGAGGGCAUGCGCUUGCGGGAACUUUCUCCAGGCCGAAGAAAGUAGCAAAACAAAGCAGGAGCUCCGGGAGGAGGUAUAUGCGGCUGGUAUUGACAUUACGGUGCUACGUACCAUGCUUGCUGUGGGGGCUCGUCGUGGCUGGAAGGCUGGAACGACGGACAUCAAGGGGGCCUUCCUGAAUGCCCCGCUACUUCAGCGGACCAAAACCAAAACAGAACGCAUCAUUUUGGACCCGCCGAAAAUCCUGUCCCGAGCUGGAGUUAUCCCUCCGUAUGAAAAGUGGUUGGUGACCCGUGCAUUAUACGGGUUGGAUAUUUCGCCUAAGAGCUGGGCAGUGUUUCGAAAUCAACAACUUAAUGGCCGAAGAUUUCAGAGUGGAGGAGCGUGGUACACCUGGCAAGCUUGUCGCACAGAUCAAAAUUUGUGGAGAAUUUUAUCCGAGGAUGGAAGAUUGUGCGGCCUGGUUUCCAUCUAUGUCGACGACAUUUUGGGAGUCAUGGAAGAUGGGGUACUACAAUCGUGCUUCAGCGAUCUGUCGCAGCUCUGGGCAUGCUCUACACCGGAGUACGUGGCCCAAGGAUCUGUUCGUUUUUGCGGAUUCGAUAUAUCAGAAGGAUCUGAUGAUCGCCGUGGAUUUCUGCUCCGGCAGGAGGCGUAUAUCGACGAAAUCUUGGAACGGUUCGAGAGCGAACAUCAAGGCAGCCUACGAACUUCCAAGGUUCCUGCGUUGAGGUAUGAUCUUCCUCAUGACAAAAAGGAGAUGGAUCCUUUGCAGGUGAAGCUGGCCCAAAAGCUGAUUGGUGAGUUAAAUUGGAUUGGAACCCGUACAAGACCUGAUAUUAUCUUUGCCAUCAGCAAGGCGGCUCAAUGUAUCACCAGGGAUGCUGUUUUGGCGGUGGAAGCAGCAACUCAAAUCUUCAAGUUCCUCAAGGCCACCAAGGAGGAGGGCCUUCGCUAUGUGGCCAAUCCGGAUUCUUUUGGGAAGCAUCAGGAGUUAAGGGUGCCUAGAAAAGAGGCGUUGGUGGAGGUUUUUACUGAUGCCAGCCACGCUCCCGAUGCCGGACGUUCCCAAGAAUGUGUACAUGUUUUUGCUGCAGGCCAAUUAAUUGGUUGGUCGUCCAACAAGCAAACUAUGACCAGCCUCAGUACAGCAGAAAGCGAACUGUGUGCAGUGUUGGAAGGGGUAGCUUAUGGUGAGGGAACCAAAUGUGUUUUGGAAGAAAUCUUGCAGGUUCCUGUUCAGGCUGUGAUCUACUGCGAUAAUGCUGCUACGGUUGCCCUAGUCACAGGAAGCUCCAACCUUUGGCGGACCCGAGGGUUAAAGAUCAAGGCUGCAGCACUCCAGGAGCGAUUACAAUGCGAUAUUUGGCAGAUGUAUCACCUUGAUGGUGUUUACAUGACCGCAGAUUUGGGCACAAAACCCCUUACUGCGAGUAGAGUGGACGAGCUGAGGAAGCUGAUCAACAUGGGAGGGCCAACAAGCUGUCGACCUCAAGCUAGCAGGCUGCAAGCGACAAACAUGCUGAAGAUUUUGGUUUGUUUGGCCAUGUUGAGUACAGUGGAUGGUGCAGCAAUGGAGCAAGCGAUGACACUGGAUGAUAUGGCGACCGUCGUCAUGUUGAACUUCGGGCAGACGGCGCUUUGGAUGGGCCUGAUUGCUAUGGUGCUCAGUAUCCUCUUCUUGUGGGAAACAGCAUGGUUUUUGGCAGGAUAUCAGAGGAUUAAGGCCCGGUCCAAGGAAGAUCAGUCCUCGCUACCAUCGUCUUCAGCUCCAACAUCCACUGGGAUGGGAACAACCGCGGCCACUGGGACGGCGUCGAAUGCAUCCACUGGGAUGAUCUCGAGCACGCCCCCUGGGAUGAUGCCGACUCCAUCCACACUGGGAUGUAUCGGCUCCUACGGCUUCGUCGUCGGCGCCUAUGCCUCCAUGCAAGGCGCCCCCAGUCCGACCACCACGUUCGGUGGAGCCAGCCGACCCUUCGGGUUGGAGGAGUUGACUGGUGACCGCGUUACCUAUGUCACCUUUCAGAACGAUGGUGAGACCCAGGUCAUCCGAGAUAUCUUCCGUUACAAGGUGGACGCCAA